AUGGAUCUUAAACGUGAUCUUCAGAUGGUUUGGAAGAUUGAUAAUGAGUGGCAAAUCAUACCCAUGGGAAAGAGCUUCUACACGAUUAAAUUUAAUACUGCAGAAGACAAGUCUUUGGUUCAAAAAAGCACUUCUUGGGAGUUACCUUUCGGAACAAUGCGAUUACGGGAAUGUGUGCGAUACUUUGAUCCUUAUAAAGAAAUUUCUUCACUUUGUGAAGUGUGGAUGCAUAUUUACUAUUUACCCUUAGAGUUUUGGACUCUGGACGUUAUUACGGGUAUUGGAAGAGCAAUGGGUUCGCCUAUCAAAGUGGAUGGGGCUUCUGCACGUGGUGCUGCUGGACAUUAUGCUCGCAUUUUGCUGGAGAUCAAUCUCUCUCGUCCUCUUCCGGAGGCCUUGUUGGUUGACGGGGAUGAGCGUUCCUUUCACGUCGAAUUUGAAUUCGAACAACUUCCGGCCUUCUGUUCAAAGUGUAAGAUCACGGGACAUUCCAUUGACAAAUGCAAUAAAAUUAAGAACAAAUCCAAGGAUGAUAGCAGACAUGAGACGGCUAAAGAGAGAUCUUCGAAUAAAGGCAAGGAAAUAAUUCCUAUGGGAACUGAUAAGGCGACUAGGGCGCCUAACUGGAAGCCAAAAUCUCGCGACCAGAAUAGGACCGUUCAUGCUCACAAUUUGCCGGUUAUCACUGAAAAUCAGUUUGGCGUUUUGGAACAAGAUACUGUCGAAGAGGAGCAUAUUCCGCCACCGCGGGGGACUAAGAGCCAUGAGCAGGCAUUGAUUUUAACUGAACGGGAGGUUGGUUCUGAAGAGGAGGAAGGCGAAAGAUUAAUUUCGGGGCCUGAUAUUUUACAGGCGAUCACUGUUCCGGUUAUGGACGAGAGAGAUCAAAUUUUGCAAGCCCCAUAUAAAUCCAAUGAUGUGGAAGUUCAUGACUUGGGUGGGGAAUCAGAUGGACUGUCUGAUGGUGGCAAGAAACCGACUGAAGUUGAUACUCAGAUCGCUAACAUUGAAGGCUCCAUAACUCGAGACAUCAAUUGUGAUAACCAGGAAAAGAUGAUGGGCAGCGCUAUUAAAGCUCAGCGGAUUAUGGAAACGUUCAGGAAUUGUGAGGCUGAGGCGUAG